GGGCGGUCAUUGGUGGCUGCGCACGUCCCUCUCGCUCGCCUGGCCGCCUUAUAAAAGGGACGCGAAUCCCUUUGUCCUGCAGAGCUGGGUUCUUGCUUCAACAGUGUUUGGACGGAACCGGUUCCACGCCGUCUUUUCUUUGAUUUUUUUUUCUCUCCCCCUGCAUCCCCUUCUGCUUCUUCCUCCUGUCUUCUUAACUUGAGUUCCCAGGGAGCAACAGACAGACCGACCGACCGGGUUGCCCGCCGUUCAUCCGAACUACCGCUAAGAUCCGCCAGACCUUCGUCGGCCCGCCUUGAUCCGAAUCGUCGUCUGCUCCGGAGCCAUGGAGUCUCAGAUCCGCCAGAACUACCACCGCGACUGCGAAGCGGCCGUCAACCGCAUGGUCAACAUGGAGCUGUAUGCCAGCUACGUGUAUCUGUCCAUGUCCUCCUACUUUGACAGGGAUGACGUUGCCCUUCACCAUGUUGCCAAGUUCUUCCGGUCACAGUCACACGAAGAGCGGGAACAUGCCGAGAAACUGCUGAAGUUCCAGAGUCAACGUGGUGGCCGUGUGUUGCUGCAGGACAUCAAGAAGCCAGAGAAGGAUGCUUGGGGUACAACUCUGGAUGCUAUGGAGGCAGCCCUUCAGCUGGAAAAAAGCGUGAACAAGGCACACCUGGAUCUCCACCGGCUUGCAAGUGAUCAAGGAGAUCCACAUCUCUGUGAUUUCUUGGAGUCUCACUAUCUUGACGAGCAAGUGAAAUCCAUCAAACUCCUGGGCGAUUACGUCACCAACCUCCGGCGUCUCGGGGCAGCCCAGGGAGGCCUCGGGGAGUAUCUCUUUGACAAGCACACCCUGGGAGAGAGCAGCAGCUGAUUGUGUUCCC